AUGAGUGAAGAAUUUUCACUUGGGGUCCGACGCAUUAAGGCGGCAUGUGUGGCCGCCGGUAUCGAGAGUGGUAAGCAGGCGUUGUGGAAGCAGUUGGUUAUAAGAAAUUUUAAUCCGGAGGAGCCGAGUGCUACAUCUCAGUCAACGUUUGUGAUGCAUGCUGCCAUAAAGGCAUUCUUAGAGACAGAUUUUGCCUCGUACCUCCACCUUGGUGAGUUCGACUUAGCGGGGCUCCGUCAGCUCUGUUUGGAUCCUCUAGCGGAGGAACAUCCUCCGAUGGGCUAUUCGCGGAACAUCGGACCUUCCUCUGCUCCUCUUGGCAAUUGA